AUGAGCGAGACUGCUAUUUUAUACACCAAGAACUUUUUGGCUGGUGGAAUCGCAGCUGCGAUCUCUGAGACUGCUGUUGCGCCCAUAGAAAGAGUCAAGCUGCUCCUUCAGGUCCAGCAUGCCAGCAAGCAAAUCACAGCAGACAAACAAUACAAAGGUAUUGUAGACUGUGUAGUACGUAUUCCCAAGGAGCAGGGCUUCCUGUCCUUCUGGAGAGGCAACUUGGCCAAUGUCAUUAGGUACUUCCCAACACAAGCUCUCAACUUCGCUUUCAAGGAUAAGUAUAAGAAGAUUUUCCUGGAUGGCGUGGACAAGCGCACCCAGUUUUGGAGGUACUUCGCUGGGAACCUCGCCUCUGGUGGUGCUGCUGGAGCCACGUCUCUGUGCUUGGUUUACCCCCUUGACUUUGCCAGAACCCGUUUGUCUGCUGAUGUCGGAAAGGCUGGUGCAGAGAGAGAAUUCACAGGCCUUGGAAACUGUUUAGUAAAGAUCUUCAAGUCUGAUGGUCUAAAAGGCUUGUAUCAGGGCUUCAACGUGUCUAUGCAAGGCAUCAUCAUCUACAGGGCGGCUUACUUUGGCAUCUAUGACACCGCAAAAGGCAUGCUACCUGACCCAAAGAACACUCAUAUUGUGGUGAGCUGGAUGAUUGCUCAGUCAGUCACUGCCGUCGCUGGUGUUGCAUCGUAUCCCUUCGACACAGUACGUCGUCGUAUGAUGAUGCAGUCUGGGCGUAAAGGAGCUGACAUAAUGUACAGUGGCACCAUUGACUGCUGGAGGAAGAUUGCACGUGAUGAGGGUGGCAAGGCCUUCUUCAAGGGUACUUUGUCCAAUGUGCUCAGAGGCAUGGGUGGAGCCUUCGUCCUGGUUCUGUAUGACGAGCUCAAGAAGAUCAUUUAA